CUCAAAGGAGUGCCUGCAUGACCUCAUGUUGACUGAUGACUUCGUUCAGCUGCACUUUCUGGAAGUUUAAACCGGGAGAGACUGGAAGGUCGUUGGGUCAAUAAUCGAAGCUUUGUCGUUUCCUGUGCUGAGCUCAAUCAUUAAUUUGAGCGAAGAAGCUGCAGUUCAUCUUCAGGAUCAAUCUGUUUUUGCUCCACAGUCAUGCUUAAACAGAUUUAAAGCUCCUCAAGAAAUGCACUUUGAUGUUCCAAGCUCUAAUGAAGUUGAAACGACUCAAACAAGCAGAAAUAAUUCACUUUGAAGCACUUUCUGGUUGCUCUGCUUCUCUUUUAUCUUAAUUCUAGUUUUUUGUGUGUAAAAGUGGAAAUGGGGCUGAGUGGUGGAUGCUGUGCUCCCAUUAACCUGACACCAGUCCUCCCACCCCGCCCCGCUCUGCCCAUUCGACCCAUUCAUUCAGACUGCUGGAGAGGAAGCUGCUGCUCCCUCCGGGGACUCGGCAUUAUUAUAUAGGAAGCAGAGCAGGCGGCCGUCUGUUAGAGGACAGAAAGGCUCAGGCCAACAUGGACGUUUACGUUUGCUGCUGAUACUUUUUAGGAGGAAGAGAACAGACAGCGGGCAUGUCAGAGAAGAAGCCUCGGGGAGCGGACACUCGACCCAAAUCUGGCAUCCGCAGCUGGAGCGCCGACAGCUACAUCUGGCGGGGUAAGAAGCGUUCCCGCAGCUCCCGCAAUGGAUCCAGUCCCGGCGGGUCAGAGGCGGACUGUUCCGAAGAGCUGAGCAUGCGGUCCACUUCCUGUUCCCGGCGGCGCAGAGAGCGGAAGUGCAGCUGCAGCGCUCUGGGUGACUCGCUGAUGGCUGGCGACGUGGACGGCGUGUGCAGGAAGGCGCUCCACCGGCGGUCUCUGAGGCAGAAGUUUCAGGACGCCGUGGGUCAGUGUCUCCCUCUACGCCAUCACCACCACCACCAUUACCACCACCCGCCCGGCUCGUCUCGCCCCUUCUCCGUACUGUUCUGGUCCAAAAGAAAGAUCCACGUCUCAGAACUCAUGCAGGACAAAUGUCCGUUCUCUCCCAAGUCUGAACUGGCCAAAUGUUGGCACCUUAUUAAAAAACAGGUGGCUGAUCCAGGUUCCCUGAAGGACAUGGAGACGCCGCUGAAGCCCCGUGUGUCGUCUUCCACUUCGCCUCCCCAGACGCCGCUUUCCUGGGAGGACAUCUGCUGCUCGCCCGCGCCGCUGGAGGACUGGGACCCGUCCUGCCUUCACGGCAGACCGGAUGGCGCCUGUGGCAACACUGACUACAUCCUGGUCCCCGAUCUGCUCCAGAUCAACAACAACCCAUGCUACUGGGGCGUGCUGAACCGCUUUGAGGCCGAGGAGCUCCUGGAGGGCCAGCCGGAAGGGACGUUCCUCCUGCGGGACUCUGCCCAGGACGAGUUCCUGUUCUCCGUCAGCUUCCGCCGCUACAGCCGCUCCCUGCACGCGCGCAUCGAGCAGAACGGCAAGCGAUUCAGCUUCGACGUGCGCGAUCCGUGCAUGUACCGGGACGCCAGCGUGACGGGCCUGCUGAGGCACUACAGUGACCCGGCCACCUGCCUCUUCUUUGAGCCGCUGCUCUCCCGGCCGCUGCCCAGGACCUUCCCUUUCCCUCUGCAGCACCUGUGCAGGGCGGUAAUCUGCAGCUGCAUCACCUACCAGGGCGUGGAGGAGCUGCCACUGCCGUCUCAGCUCAGGGAAUACCUCAGACAGUACCACAUCAAGUGUGACGGGGCCUGCGCCGUGUCGAUGCCCACAGCAGCCAACACGCAGGAUCUGCACUGACGAGGAGGAAGCUAUAAGUUAGGGAUGCUAACAACUAAUCUACUUAUGAUUAAUUGUUGAUUUAUUAGAUUCAAACUAGUUCUACUCAAUUAACUAAUCCGCUUAGAUCUUCUUUUAGUGUUGUAGUUUGGCUGCCAUCCAGCAGAUGGCGCCACUGGUCGACCUUAAGGAGCCGUUUAUACAGAAACAAGAUGGCAGGCAAAUCAGAACAGUCCGGAGUCCAGUGUGGGAUGGAAAAUGCACUUUAUGCUGUUCUGUUUUGAAAUAUAAACACUUGGCAACCGCUUUAAGUUUUCAGCAACUUAAGAGGUUCAUGUUUGGUUAUAUUUUAUAAAUAUGUCUAAGUUUAAUAAUGUGAGAGAGCCACAACAUUCUGUUUAUUCAUGUAUAUUUAAUACAGGUGACCAAAAAAAUUGUUUCAAUUAAAAGAUGUUUUUGUUUUCUUUACUUCAGCAUAUGACAAUGUUGCCUUUUAUAUAAUGCAAAGAUGGUCUGCCAUUGCCAUCCAAGAGAAAACUCAGGCUUUUAAGAAAAUGGCGGCUUAUCAAUACGUCAUUAAUCAACUUCAAAUGAACUAAUUGUUUGAUAACUUGCAUCCCCAAUUUAAGACCAUUCUGUGGGACAAUUUUAUCACCAUUCCAAACAAAAAAUCGGCUCUAUAAUAAUUUAACAAAAAAGCUACUGACCUAAUAAAUUAUUAUUGAUUUUGUAAAUAUAAGCACCAAAAUAGCCACUUUAAUAAACUGAAGCACAUUGCUAAAGUAUUCAUAACUUAACUGAUUUAUAGACUUCAUAAUAAUGUCUUUUAUGCGACAGAUUAACACAAAAAACUUUAAUCAUAAAGUGUAAAAAAUAAGCUACAUGGUUUUCAACUUCUGAUGUUUAUUUAUAUUCAACAUGGUGGCCACCAUCAAUUUAUAUUAAAUAUAUACAUCAAUGGUGGCCAUGCUUCUGCUAAUAGCAGAGCAAAUUUGUCAUCUCACUAAGUUUCCUAACUUUGAUAACCUUUAGCGCACUUACUUUCUCCUAAAUUAAUUUUUCAGGAUCAAUUUCAAAACGCCAAUUUACUUGUUUGUUUUGUAAACUUUCAGCUGAAUAAAUUUAAGCAACUGUUUUAAAGUUUUUGGUUAUCAACUUUUAGGAUUUCCUCGUGUAGUUAUAUUCAAACUCUUAUUUUGAAGUGGGAGGAGACUGUUUACGCUCUCGUCUUACGUACUUUCCCUUUUUUUCCCCUCUGGAUAACUAUUUAAAAUGAGUACACAACAAAACACAGACAGGAGAGAACAAGAUAUUCAUAUAAAUACAAUAUCUAAGGGCAUUAUAUAACAUGUAAAAUAUAAUCCCAAAAUUAAAUUAGUGCCCAACGGUUGCAGCAUUAGCUUCUCCUUCUUACUAUCAGAUUAAAAUAAAGGGGAAAAAAAGCUGCUGAAAGAAAAAUACUUUGUGUACCAAAUAUUUUGCAUUCAAGAAAACACUUGGAAGAUUUGAGACUAAUUAAAAGCAAAAAGGUUCAGAUUUUCAUCUCUAAAAAUCUUGAAAACAAUGCAUACUUUUUUCCACUUUACUUGUUUACUACUUUGUGUUUGUAAUGUUAAAAAGGUCAGGGGUAACGAAUACUUUUUAGUAUAGCAAUGUACCUGUAGCGUUUCCCCUUAAAUCACACCUUAUGCCUUAUUCAAACUGCACCUUUCAUCACUUCUGUCCACUCAAACUUCCCUCGUCGCUCCAGGUAUUGUUAAAUUGUUGAACAUUUUUGAUCAUUUGGACCGUUAUAUCUCCAGAUAAAGGACACGUUGCGGUUGUUUCACAUGGAUAGUUUGUUUUCUAGACUGUGGCAGGCUUUUAUUAUCUUGAUGCCCAAUAUUUAUGAACCCAGUCUGCCUACAACUAGCUUUGCAUCUCAAACAGAUUUCCUCCCAUCGCCCCCAGAAAAUGGUGUCAUUUCUCCACUUUCACUUGAGCAGAUUGUCAUAAAAAAUAGUGCAAAAACAUUCCUAUCGCAUUUUAAAAAUAAUCAAAUGUGUUUAUUUGUAGAUCAUCUGAUUCUUUUGGGAGGAAUUUAGGAAUAAAAUCAAAUGUAAUUCUGCCUUUUGGCCACAAGAUGGCGACAGAACUUAAACCUCAUGCACUGAAACAUGUUUAGCAGCUUUAGUUUACACACAGUUGUAUGUUCACUGCCUUAACGGUUUUAUUUUUGGGCACAUUCACGUCACUGAUAAACAAACCAAUAAAAAUACUUUCCACUGUCUCUGUGCUGUUAUCGUUUCUCAGGAUUUCUCUCAUCUGUGGAGCGUUUUUGGUUCAGCAGCUUGAAUCAUGCUUUGUUUUUGUUUCUGCUGUCAUCUUCAGACAAGCUAAUGAUAUGGAAAAUGUUACUUAGAAGCUGCAAAAUACAACAAAGAAGCAAUUUAUACACCCUCCUUUGCAAAAGAUGGCUCUAAAUGGCAGAGCAAAUUGAAAGAUAAGGGCAUGAAAGAUUUGCUUUUUGAUGGGAUUCAGUUUUUUUGUGAAUGUGAGUCACAAAAAAACUCAGUAGAAAAAUGAACUCAACGGAUUUUAUUUGUCCUUUUUUAUUGAAAAUAGUGCUCUAUUUCUACCAUUUUUUAAUAAAGAUUGGAUAGCUUGAUGUUUAUCUAAACAACGUUUUCAGAACCUCAGUUCAUUAAAUCAAAACACUAAAACUGUUAUUUAUCCUCUAUUCAUUUGUUGGACUUUACGCUGCUUUUAUUGUCGUUUUACAGAAAAAUCUAAACAAUUAAUACCUUUAAAACUUCUUAAUUUAUUCUCGUCUCAAUAAAAAAGUUUCUAUGUGGAAUCAGGAUAAAUGAAAUGAUUAUCCUGCUAAUGCGUCUU